GAAAAAAAGAAAAAUUCCGAAUAAUAAGUUUGGUAUUUUAUUUCUACAAUUAUGAGAUUGAGGUUUUCCCCAAAAUUUCCUUCUUUUCGUAUUCUUCAUCUUCUCUUUCUCCUCCUCGUCCUCCUAGUUGGAGUGUCUCUCUCUGCUGCUAGACUAGUGGUGGCAGUCGUCCCAGGCCAGAACCCUAAUUCCAACGCAAAUUGGCGGUUCAUUAUCGGCUAGAUCUGGGCUGAAGCCCAUCGAUUUGUGAGAGAAAAAUCUGAAUGCAAUUGAAGAAUUAAUUGUUGUAGUAGGAGUUUAGUUGUAUAGUUCUGUUUAUUUUUUAUAAACCGGGAGAGAGAGAGAGAGAGAGAGAUAGCAUAUCUGUUGGGUGGGGGGUGGGGGAAGAUGGAGGGUAGUUCCGGAGGAGGAGGAGGAGGAGGAGCAGCAGCAGCAGCAGCAGCAGCAGGAACAACGGCAGGAACAGGAGGAGGAGGAGGAGGAGGAGGGAAUGAUGUAGAACUGCUGUGUAAGACGCUGCAGGUGGAACACAAGCUGUUCUACUUCGAUCUCAAGGAGAACCCCCGCGGGCGGUAUCUGAAAAUAUCAGAGAAGACUUCGGCCACCAGGUCCACCAUCAUUGUCCCCUUCUCUGGCAUCUCCUGGUUCCUUGAUCUCUUCAAUUACUACGUCAAUUCCGACGACCAGGAUGUCUUCAGCAAGGAAUUGCAGCUCGACACCAAGGUCUUCUACUUUGACAUUGGCGAGAACAGGAGAGGUCGCUUUCUUAAGGUAUCAGAAGCUUCUGUUAGUAGAAAUCGCAGUACUAUUAUUGUGCCCGCAGGAAGCACGCGGGAUGAAGGUUGGGCAGCAUUUAGAAAUAUUUUGGCAGAGAUAAAUGAGGCAUCAAGGCUUUUUAUGCUACCUAAUCAGCCAAGUUCUGAACCUUCAGAACGUCUUGUUGGGCUUUCAGAUGAUGUAGGUGCUGGAUUCAUAUCAGGUCACAGUAGUCAACCCACCACUACUUCUGAAUUGAACAUAGACAGAUCCGUUGAAUUGCCAGCUCAAGAUGAAAUUGGUAACAUGGGGAUUUCCAAAGUAAUAAGAGCUGAUCAAAAGAGAUUCUUUUUUGAUCUUGGUAGCAAUAACAGGGGUCACUUUCUAAGGAUAUCUGAGGUUGCAGGAUCUGAUCGGUCAUCCAUCAUUCUCCCACUCUCGGGGCUCAAGCAAUUCCAUGAAAUAGUAGGUCAUUUUGUGGAGAUCACAAAAGAUCGAAUUGAAGGAAUGACAGGUGCAAAUGUUCGAACAGUGGAGCCUCCUCAGAGAUGAAUAUCACCAUGGGUUUGGAUGAAAAAACAAAUAAUUGGAGUCUGUCAACGUUGCGUUAGAGCUAGAAGUGGGUGUUUGAUUAGUGGUGGAUUGUGCAUUCAGUUGUUCUGUUAUUUUUCUUAUCUUUGUUCUCUCAUUCAAGUCUGAAAUAAUCCGAUUCCUGUCUGAUCAGCCUAGAAUUCGGAAAUGAUUGCCAAGCUUAAAUUCAAGCGAAGAAAUAAUAGGAAAAAGCAACCAAAUAUUAUUUGUAAUUGCCAGUUUGAUGAUGUUGGCAUCCAUGUCACAAACAUAAUAAUGAUCAUUUUCACAUGUGCUUUUUUAUUUGUUA